AUGAAAGGAGGAAGAAAGAAUUUGAAGAGAGCGGCCGAGGAAGAGACCUUUAAUCUUCAGCAAGGCCAAAGCAUUAUGCAAGUUGUGGCUCUUCGUGGCUCUUCGUGGCUCUUCGUAAUGGAUGCGAAAGGCGAGAGAUCACUAGCCCUGUUUCCAGCUAAAUUCCAGAAGAGCAUGUGGAUUAAAAGAGGGAGCUUUGUUGUGGUGGAUGAGAGUGGGAGGGAGGAGGCUGUUGAUAACGGUAGAAAAGUGGGUUGCAUGGUCACACAAGUUCUGUACUAUGAACAAGUUCUUGCGCUUCAAAAGUCUCCGGAAUGGCCAGAUAUCUUCAAAUCCCCUAUUAUAGACAGUUCUAAUGCAGAUUCACAUAGACACAGUCCCCUGCAGGAGGAGAAUGUAUCUAACUCAAGUGAUGAUGAUGGACUUCCUCCACUGGAAGCCAAUAUGAAUAGAAUAAAGCCUUUAGAGUUGCAAUCAGAUACUGAAUCAGAUUCAGAUACAGAAUCUUGA